AUGGAGGGCACAGCUUUCAUGUGUCUCCUUAGUCUGAGCUCUGGUCUGAUCGCCACCAAUGCAGAGUCCACCGCAGACUGUACACACUAUGCUUCCAUGGGCAGCCCCUUCCGCCUGCCUCUGCCUCUGCCUCGGCCGAAAGACCACAGGCUGAGAUGGCGGAACUCUGAUCGUCAAAUCAUAUUUGACAGUAAAAGUAGAAUCCAAACAAAAACCUCCUCAGGAAAAAUAUACUCAGUCACACAGGAGGGGGCGCUGAUCUUUCCCAAACUGGACCAGUCUGACGGUGGGACUUACUCUGCUGAGACGUUAAACGAAAACGGCAGGGAGACCGGUUCAAAAUCUUUCUCCCUGUGUGUUCGGAAGAGGGUUUUGAAGCCCAAAGUGACAUUUCAAUGUGACUCAAUGUUGAGACAAGUCCAGUUCAACUGCUCUGGGUCGCAGGUCCCUCCUGUAACGUACGUGUGGUUGGAAAGUGGACGGUUGUUGCCCAAUGAAAAUAAACCCACUUUAGUCCGGACUUCCAAAUCAGAUGUUUCAAAUCCAUUCUCCUGCAAUGUGUCCAAUCAUGUGAGCUCAGAAAUCAGCGAUCCUGUCCAACAAAACUGCUUGAAACCUGACUCUACUGUUUUAUCGGAUCCUGCGAAUCCAGAAGAUACAAAUAAGUUGCUUGGAUUGGAAUUUUGGCUCAUGGUGGCCAUUCUGGCGGGAGGAGGAGGACUUGUGCUUGUGCUAAUUGUUGCUACCGUCAUUUGCUGCUCCAUCAACAGAAGAAAGAAGAAACAUCACAUAAAAGAAGAACAAGAGCUGCGCCUCCAGUGGACCACAAACAAUCAACAGUAUCACCACAGCAACCAGAGAGGCCACGCCCACUCACGAGACCCCACCCACUUACGAGAUCCUGCCCACUCCAGCCGCCCCCUAGUGAACCAGGGCCCAGGGCACACAGGACCCAGAGUCCCCAAAUCCAGACUGAAUCGGCCCAGACCUCCAGACCCCAUCACGGGACAACCUCUGCCCGGACCACGGAGACAAGCUGAGAAAGGCCAGAUGUCCGAACCCACCAUUGGCAAUGAUGCCGAGAGCCCGCCGCCUCUUCCAAAGCCCAGAAAGAACGUUUCCAGGUCCUAA